AUGAAGAGUAUAAAUAAGGUCGAAAAAGUGUCUAACUUCAUUACGCUUUUAGCGAAGCAGUCAACGGUGCUCGAUUCGUGCAGUCGUCUUCAUCGAAUAGAUAUGGCAUUCAACGCUAAUCAGGGUGGCUUCGGCGCUCAAGGAUUCGCGAAUGGCUCUGCUAGUCAAACUGGGUUCGGCUUCGGACAAGGCCAGACCGGUUUUGGACAAGCUGGUUUUGGACAGAGUGGCUUUGGUGGCCAGACCGGUUUCGGACAACAACAACAAGGCUUCGGACAACAGCAACAAGGUUUCGGACAACAAGGCUUUGGACAGCAAGGUUUCGGACAACAAGGCUUUGGACAGCAAGGUUUCGGACAACAACAAGGUUUUGGACAACAACAAGGUUUCGGACAACAACAAGGUUUCGGACAGCAAGGUUUUGGACAGCUCGGACAACAAGGUUUCGGACAACAAGGCUUCGGACAGCUCGGACAACAAGGUUUCGGACAGCAAGGCUUUGGACAGCAGGGUUUCGGACAACAAGGUUUCGGACAGACUGGUUUCGGUGGCGCCCAGUUUGCUGGUUUUAAUCGAGCAAGCGGUUUCGGGCAGGCAAGUAAUUUCGCUGCUUUCAGUUUUGUUUGA